AUGGAGAAAACUCAAGAAACUGACACAGACCCACUGAUUUCUGAUAUAAAUAAUAUUGCAAUACACGAUCCAGUAAUUAGUAAAUCUGUUACUGAAAAUGAGCCUGAACCAAGUAGUUCGGAACAGGGAAGUUCUUAUGAAAUUUUAUUUGAUCAACUUAAAGAAAAUAACAAACAUAUAUUUGUUUUAAGUACAGCUGGUAAACCUAUAUACACACGGUUUGGAAAUGAAAACCAAAUGGCCUCGCUUUUUGGUUUAAUGAUAGCUUUAGUGUCGGUGACCCAAGAUUCAAAUGACACAUUACAGUCGAUUUGUUGUGGUCAGACUCGAAUAGUGUUUUUAAAUAAAGAUCCUAUUAUACUGGUCGGCGUUUCCCAAACUUCUGAGCCAAAUGACCAAAUUAAAAAACAAUUAACAUAUGUCUAUAACAAUAUAAUUAGUACAUUGACAUUAACCCAGUUAAAAAAAAUCUUCCACAAUAGGACUAAUUUUGAUUUAAGGCGAUUAAUGAGUGGAUCUGAAAGAUUGAUAGACAAGCUUAUAACGUUUACUGAGAAUGAUCCAGGAUUUUUAUUGGAUUCCAUUAGUUGUCUACAAAUGCCAUCUAGUAGCAGAGAUAAAAUAACACAAACCAUAUUGACACAAUGCAGUAAAAUAAAAAAUUUAGUAUUUGGUUUAUUAAUUGCUCAAAAACACGUUAUAUCGAUUGUACGUAUGAAAAAAUACUCGCUGCAUGUAUCUGAUAUUCACUUAAUAUUAAACCUAAUCAAUUCAACAGAAUCGUUUAAAACAGCAGAGACUUGGACACCUAUUUGUUUACCUACAUUUGAUUCUAGUGGUUACAUGCACGCUCAUAUAUCAUAUUUGGCAGAAGAUUGUCAAGCAUGUCUAGUUUUGUUAACAAUUGAUCAUAAUCUUUUUUUUUCACUAUCCGACGCCAAAAGAAAAAUCACAGAAAAAAUGCGUUGCAAUGAUUGUCUCCAUGAAAUCAACGAAGCUAUUAUUCGUCAACCCGUCAGCUUAGCACGAGCAAAUAUUACUGGAUUACGGCAUCUUUUGUAUAAGAACAAAAACCGCUCACAACACUGGUGCCCUCCGUUUACUUCUCCAUAUAAUACCAUCGCACUACAACAAAACCUCAUGUCAGUUUAUGGUUCAUUGAUCAGCCAAAUGAAUUUCCCUGGCCGUACAUUGAAAGUAAUUUUUCAACAAUUAACAGCUGAAACUAUGCUAGCUUGGGCAACUGACGAUGUUGAAUUGUAUAUGAGUUUUGAGCCUCUAAUUUCUAAAGAAUGUGCAACAAAUGCAGUAACUAAACUAACACAAUGGAUGAAAAAAGAAGAGGAUUCAUUGUUUAUAUUUAAUAUUCCCAUGUUUUAA